AUGGCCGUGCUCCCUGUCGACGACUACAAAGUCGUAGUCGGAGAGGGUUGGGGAGAAGGAGAUGAGGUAGUUGUGGCGGUGGAGGUGUGGUCAGAAAAGGUGGUUGAUUUGAUAGGUGAGGAGGUGGCUGUGAGGUUUAUGCCUGGGUACAGAGAACCCACCGCCAUUGUUAGCAUCUGA